AGAAAGACGCUGACUUCCCUCCUUUUGAUAGAUAGAGAGAUUCUAAUCUAUGCCGCCCUUCACUUUCUGUCUCAUUUCGAUUCGUUUACAACCAACCAUAACUCGGAUCCAGAAUCGUUCCACCACCCCGAGUCACCAACUCAUGGCGCGGCGGACAUUCACUCACCUCAUCCUAAUCCUAAUACUCCACAUUGCGUUACUCGCUCCUUCCCCAAUCGCCGGCGACACCGCGUUCCUCCCUAACCGCCACCAUGGCUCUCGUCCCGCCAUGGUUCUUCCUCUAUUCCUAACCGCUCCCAAUUCAUCCACGUCAGCACUCGAUCCUCGUCGCCAGCUUCACGGAUCCGAAUCCAAACGCCACCCUAACGCUCGUAUGAGACUCCACGAUGAUCUCCUCAUCAACGGAUACUACACAACGCGGCUUUGGAUCGGUACUCCUCCACAGAUGUUUGCUCUUAUUGUUGAUACAGGGAGUACUGUUACGUAUGUUCCGUGCUCCACCUGUGAACAGUGUGGCAGGCACCAGGAUCCGAAGUUUCAGCCAGACUUGUCAAGCACAUAUCAACCUGUCAAAUGCUCAAUGGAUUGCAACUGUGACAAUGACAGAAUGCAAUGUGUGUAUGAGAGACAAUAUGCUGAAAUGAGUACUAGCAGUGGUGUUCUCGGAGAGGAUCUUAUAUCCUUUGGAAAUCAGAGUGAGCUUGCUCCACAGCGUGCUAUUUUCGGUUGUGAAAAUGUUGAGACUGGCGAUCUUUAUAGUCAGCAUGCUGAUGGCAUUAUGGGUUUGGGCCGAGGAGAUCUCAGUAUCAUGGAUCAGCUGGUUGACAAAAAUGUAGUGAGUGACUCAUUCUCACUAUGCUAUGGUGGAAUGAAUGUUGGUGGGGGCGCAAUGGUUCUUGGUGGCAUAUCUCCUCCAUCAGACAUGGUCUUUGCACAGUCAGAUCCUGUGCGCAGUCCCUAUUACAAUAUUGAUUUGAAGGAGAUACAUGUUGCGGGGAAGCGACUGCCUCUAAAACCAAGUGUUUUUGAUGGAAAACAUGGAACAGUUUUGGAUAGUGGUACAACUUAUGCAUACCUACCAGAAGAAGCCUUUCUUGCAUUUAAAGAAGCUAUUGUGAAGGAACUUCAAUCUUUCAAUCAAAUCAGCGGUCCAGAUCCAAAUUAUAAUGAUUUAUGUUUUUCUGGUGCUGGAAUCGAUGUCUCACAACUCUCUAAAAACUUUCCAGUGGUUGACAUGGUAUUUGGAAAUGGUCAGAAGUACUCACUGUCACCUGAAAAUUACAUGUUCCGGCAUUCAAAAGUAAGAGGUGCGUAUUGUCUGGGAAUUUUUCAAAAUGGAAAGGAUCCAACUACUCUCUUAGGAGGUAUCAUUGUCCGAAACACACUUGUUAUGUAUGAUCGUGAGCAAACAAAAGUUGGUUUUUGGAAAACCAACUGUGCUGAGUUAUGGGAAAGACUACAGAUAUCCAUGGCCCCACCACCAAUAAAUUCAACCAAAUCUGUGGGGCCUACAGGUCCUCCAUCUGUGUCACAACAUAAUUUACCUCCAGGUGGAUUCCAAAUCGCACUAAUAACAAUAGCUAUUUCAUUUAACAUAAGCUACGAGGAUAUGAAGCCCCACCUUGCAGAAUUGGCUGGACUCAUAGCUCAUGAGUUAGAUGUUAAUACUUCCCAGAUCCACUUACUGAAUUUUACCUCCUUUGGAAAUGAUUCCCUCUCUAGAUGGGUCAUAACCCCAAGACCAUAUGCUGAUUACUUUUCUAACGCAACUACAAUGAGUAUAAUUGGCCGGCUUGCUGAACACCACAUGCAACUUCCUGAUACCUUUGGAAGUUAUAAGUUGAUUGAUUGGAAUGUUGAGCCUCCACCAAAAAGGAGUUGGUGGAAGCAAUAUUACAUGGUUGUGGGUUUAGUUGUUCUGCUUACAUUGCUUCUAGGAUUAUCAAUAUUUGGAAUAUUCUUAAUUUGGAAAAAAAGACAACAGCAAAGUGUGCAUUCAUACAAGCCUGUUGAUGUGGGUGUUCCUGAGCAAGAACUCCAGCCAUUAUGAGCUAAGUUUAUGCUACAACUAUAUAUCAUACUAAAUUAGUCUCAGUAGCACGAUCACUUGCUAUCAAGAGCAAUUUAUGCUUGUCACUGAGCUGGUCAAGUUUGUUGUUUGAAAGAAAUCAGAUCGUUCACAAUAUCCAGUGAUUAUUGAACCCUGACAUAGGUACAGAAAGAAUUCUCUAGAUAUUCUAUCAUAUCUGUAAAGGAAUUUUGUUUGUGAAUAUUGUAAUAUACAGGUGAAUCAAAGGGUGACAUCAUAAGAUUGAAACAAUUUCAUAUAUUGUAAUUUUCACAUUUCAUUUAACCUGUUGUAUUAUGAGAAAUAUCCAUACUUUCUACUUUUUGCAUUGAUGUUGUGGUCUAAGAUAUCAAUCUACUCCA